CGGUUAAAUUAGUUCUUAGUUAGUACAUAUUAUUGAUAUGUUGUGUGUUAAAAUAGGUACAAAGGUGUUAUAUUUUAUUUGGAUUAUUAAACUAGUUGUUUGUUACUAAUAGUUGUAAAUUAGUACACGGCAAUAUAGUAUAAGUUGUAAUAGGGUAAUUAUCGAAUGAUUAAAUGAUUAAACGUGAGACUAUUUGUCAUGUUUUAUCAGGAUGUCAGGUGAUAUGCCCAUUCGUCUGUAUUAUGGCGAUGCUCCUAUACAAAUAUGUGAUAGCGGGGUGGAUUUGACUGUAUAUGCCUUCCAUGAUACUAGUCUGAAUGCACCGGAGCAUAUGGGUUUGAACGACGUGUUAGGGUGGUUGUAUAAUAUGUUUGGGGUAGAUCCAGUGCACGAUAAAUUUGUCAUAAGUGCCGUGUGGCCAGUGAGGGGUCAACAUGGAUGGCAGUGGAGAGUAGUGGAGGUUGCGUCAACUGGGAGUUGGAGGAAGUUUGUUAGUAAAGUAAGGGAGAAAGGCUAUAGCCUGGCAAUAGUGGUGCAGAAGACAACAUGUGUUGAUCGAUCGGGGGAGUCAAGUCAUGCCGUGGUGGAAGAAACUCCGUUGGAAGGUGGACAAGCUGAAAAUGUUUGGCAGACUAAGCAAGGUCGAGGGGAAGAAGUAGUAGAGGGUAAUACACAAGGAGAGGUCAUUGUUCGUGGUACUAAUCGUGAGGCCAACGACUUGGACGAUGAAGAACCUGAUUCGCCUAUGCGUGUUGAUGCAGCGAAGGAGAAUGAGGCGGUAGUGGAUCAGAUGGAAGUGGAAAACGAGGAAUACCUUGCGCUUGUAGUGGAAGGAGAAGAUACAACACUGUGGGACAACGAAACCAACAUACCCGAUGAUUGGACGACCAUAUCAAUGAGUCGUAUGAAGGUAAACGAUGGUUUAGAUGCCCACUGGUGUUAUGAUAGUAAGCAGGUGAAAGUUGGACAGAUGUUUCAUGACAAAGGUCACUUACAAGAUGCGGUGAAGAGGUGGGCAUUUGUCCAGAAGCGUGAGUUCAGGGUGAAGGUUUCAAAUAGGACGACGUAUGACGUGAAGUGCAUACAGGGUGGAUGUCCUUGGAGAGUGCAUGGUUACAAGCCACAACAUGACACUUUAUGGGUAGCUUCGAGGGUUGAGCAACAUACGUGUUUGUUGGAGAAUACCCGUCUGGUGCACAGAAACCUGACAGCGGCAUUUGUGGCACAAAUGGUAUAUUCAAAGGUGGUUAGAAAAACAUCUUUGUCCCCUUUCACCAUAAUGCAUGACGUUGAGAAAGAGUACGGAUAUGAGAUAUCGUACGACAAGGCUUGGAGGGCAAAACAGAAAGCAUUGGAGAUGAGGUUUGGAACUUAUGAGGAUUCUUAUCACAAUCUUCCCCCACUAUUGGAGGUGAUGCAGGCAAGAAAUCCGGGCACACACAUGGCUAUUCUCGAUGAGGUGAAUGAAUAUGGGGAGAAUGUUCUUCGUCGGGCUUUCUGGUCAUUUGGGUGCAUGAUAGAGGCCUUUAGAAAUUGCAUUCCUUUGCUCUGUGUUGAUGGCACUUUCAUGACAAGCAAGUACAGAGGAACAAUUCUAACCGCGAUCGGAGUCGACGCGGAUAGCCAUGUCGUUCCUAUUGCUUUUGCAUUUGUUGAAAGCGAGAACACAUCAAGCUGGCUAUGGUUUUUGCGGCACAUUAAAAUGUGUGUUGUUGAAAACAGACCAAAUGUGUGUGUUCUGCAUGACCGACACGCCGGUUUGCUAUCAGCGAUACAGAAGCUUCAAGAAGAUGUCACACAGUCCGUGCCAUGGCCAGAUUUACAUAGCAGAUGAUGCAUGCGACAUUUUGGGGCUAAUUUUUAUAGACAAUUCAGGAGUAAGAGAUUGAUGGACCUGUUCAAGAAGUUAUGCAAGCAGAAUCAACAAAGAAAGUUUGAUGCCAUAUGGGAUCAACUGGAUCGUUUGACCACUACACACAUGGAAGAGGUUAGGAAAAAACCUAUAGUUGCCAGACAGGAGGAGCCGGAGGGACUUGAACCCAUUCCUAAUGAAGCACCAAGUAUUACUCGGCGCAGGAAGCGUGGAAGGGUCACGAAGUGCUUCACGGAGUGGGUAGAAUUUGAGCCAAGGGAGAAAUGGUCGUUGUUGUACGAUACAGAUGGAUCGAGGUAUGGUGUGAUGACAACAAAUCUUGCUGAAGUGUAUAACUGGGUUAUGAAGAAUACACGACCUCUACCACUUGUUGCUAUCCUGGAGGGCAUCACGAGGGGUACACAGAAGUAUCUCUGUAAAAGGUAUUCCAUGGCUAGUCUGAACCUCAGCAAACCCAGUGUUAAGUAUAGCCCCGCUAUUACACAGUACAUGGAUGAGAAAAGUAAGAAGGGAGGAAUCCACAGAGUGUGGCCUGCUGGGAAUACAGAGUUGUUAUUUGAGAUACGACUUCGUGACAAGAGUGGUGUCGGCAUUGGGACUACUGACAUCACAUUGGAAUGCACGUUGUGGCCAGAGUAUCACGCUUGCAAAUGCAAUUGCAACAAGCCUUACCUGUUACAUCGGCCAUGUUCCCAUGUUCUUGCUGCUUCCGCAAAAGGGGGUGUUGAUGGAAACAUUUUUGUUUCUCCCUACUUUAGAAAGGAAUCGUGGGAGGCAACUUGGCGUGGUGAAUUGCGUGGUUGGCGUGCCGUGUGCGAUUUCACUCGUCCUCCUCCAGGGCAAACCAAUUGGGUUCCUGACUCAAAUUUAUUAGUUGAUACUAAGGGUCAUCGCCAGUCGCGCAGGAUCAAGAACCUUAUGGAUGAAGCUGGAGUGAAAGAUCGUUCUCGUCGUAAGAAAGCUUGCAUUCUUUGCGGGGAGAACCAUUCCCGUAAAGAUUGCAGCAUGUACAAUGUAGGGCAAGAUGCCACAGGCGCUGAUGUUCGUCGCGUUCCAAAGGGGAAGUCGAAGAAGAAAAAUAAUCCUUAGUUCGCUAUUAUCCUUGGUGGACUCCCUACUUUGAAGAUCGUUAUCGUUCAAUUUACGUUUAUUGCGUCUAUAAUUUUAAUUUGAACUUUCUUGCACUUUUAUUACCCGAAUCUAUUUGUAAUGGCCUUGUAAUUUUCAUUUUGAACUGCACUGCACUUUUAAUAUCGUCAUGUAUUUGUAUUGGAAUUGUAAUUUAAAUUUCGAACUGCACUGCACUUGUAAUAUCAUAAUAUAUGUGUCGUGGGCUUGUAAUUUUAAAUUGAAAUGUACUGAACUGUUCUUAUCUGUAUCUAUGUGUGCUGGUACUGUAAUAUCUGUAUCUACAUCGUGUCUACACUCAGUUUGUAGCUGACUUUGAUCAGCUUACGCCUGACCGUGUUCGGUGGACUCCCUACACUCAGCACGAUGUCAAUGAUCGUGCACCGCACGGUCUCGCGGAUCUUUGCACGCGAGAUAUGCAACUCUGGAUGACGACUUGUCACCUCGUGGUGGACGUGCACGUCGAGCCACACAAUGUCCACAGGGUUCUCAAACAGUUGGGCAUGUAUCAGGACUUCCCUCCGAGAGAUGGUCGUCCUUUGGCUGAUAGUCUUCAUAGGUACUCCAGAAAGGGGCUCGGGCUUUCCUACGAGCUAGUUAUUGUGACCACGGUUCAGCCGACGAUACAAGAGUGGGAGCACGCAGCUGAUAACUUGGCACUUCAGACACCUCCAGACGAUGGGAGUUAUUAUGGAGCUUACCUUCGUUGGUACCGCAGUGUUACACGAUGGAGGUGUUUUCCUCCACAAGGAGAUAGCACCGUCCCCCACCAGGCAGCGAUUACUGACACGUUUGCCCCUCAGCCUAGAUCAGCUUACAACUCAAUGGUACGUGUUUAUUUGUGGAAUUUGAGCAACUAGUUCAAUAUUUUUAAAAAGUUAGCAAGUAGUUCAGUAUGUCUAAUAAAUGUGCAAUUGGUUCAACUAGUUCCUUUUCUUACAUAAAUGUGGAACUAGUUCAGUAUUUAUAAAUGAUGUGCAACUGGUUCAUUAUUUCUAACAAAUGUGCAUCUUGUUAAAUACUCUUAAUAAAUGUGCAACUGGUUAAAUAAUUUUAAUUGCCUUGAUUAUUUGUGGAAC